AUGGCUGCUGCAUCCAUUCAUUCUCCACCGGGAUCUCUAGAACUCAACCAGCCUGGCUUCAAGAAGGAGAUCCUCGGGACCAAGCUUGAAGUAAAAUACCUGUGCUCAGAGUGCAAGAAUAUCCUUAGGAGGCCGUUUCAGGCUCAGUGUGGACACCGCUACUGCUCGCAUUGUCUGAGGAAGAUAGUGAGCUCCGGUCCUCAGAAGUGUGCUGCUUGCAUUCAGGAAGGCCUUUUCGAAGAAGGAAGCUCUUUUUUGGAAAGCAGCACAGCAUUUCCUGAUAACGCUGCACGGCGAGAGGUGGAAGGUCUGCCUGCCGUCUGCAACAAUAAUGGUUGCUCGUGGAGAGGCACUAUCAAGGAGUAUGAGGCUGUACAUGAAGGGAAGUGCCCGUUCAUGUUAGCACCCUGCCCAGCAUGC